GUCUGUACAUUAAGAAAUUCGAGAGUUCCCCAUCUCUCUCCGGGAAAACAGUUUGUACCCACUUUGAUGUUCCACAAUAUCCAACGGUUCCAAAUUCCAAAUCCCCAAGUCCUCGCCGGAGCCACGACAAAUCACCGACGCUGAUGGGUAUCGCCACCACUUCCGCCGCCGCCGUUGCAGAUGGCGACUCUGAAUCAGCCACUCUGUUAAUACCCAAAACAUCGUCCACCAAUCCCCAGAAGAUCCCCAAAGACAAUUUCAACAUGGCCUACAUAAUAUACUUCACACUGGGGGCAGGCUACCUUCUACCCUGGAACGCAUUCAUCACUGCCGUUGAUUACUUCAGCUAUAUAUACCCCGAUGUCUCUGUUGAUCGCGUAUUCGCCGUAGUGUAUAUGCUGAUAGGGCUUAUGAGCUUGCUUUUCAUAGUGGCAUUUGCUCACAAAUCGAAUUCAUUUGUGAGAAUUAAUGUGGGAAUGGUUCUAUUUGUGAUCGCGCUCUUGACGGUGCCUUUGAUGGAUGUUUGGUACAUAAAGGGAAGAGUUGGAGUCUAUGUUGGAUACUAUGUGACGGUAGCAGUAUUGGGGCUGUGUGGGGUUGCUGAUGGAUUGGUUCAAGGAAGUGUCGUUGGGAAUGCUGGGGAGUUGCCUGAGAGGUACAUGCAGGCUGUGGUAGCUGGCACUGCUGCUUCUGGUAAAUUUUAUGGUUUUUUGGUAAUAUUAGGAGAUCAUCCAUACCUUUUGGUUUUUAUGGGGGUUGCUAUUUGCGGAUUAACUGAUUUGAUUUUAGUCAAAAAUAUGAAAAAGCUCGGAUUUUUUGCCUUGAAAUGUUGCUUUUAUCUGCUCUUGCAAUUUUUUUUCCCCUUCCUUCUGUUUUUCCUUGUGCAAAUGGUAUUUUACCCGUUAGCCGCCGGGGUUGACUUUCUUCUGCCGAAUUGGUUUUCGUGGCUUUUGGUACUGGCUGUUAGGUGGGAUUUGAAUUAAGAAGAUUAAAGAAAAUAGAAAAUCUUUGGAAAUAUUGGUUGUUAGAUCUGCACGUUCCUUUUGAGAUAAGUUUAGACUAAGAUGGCUAGCUUUUUCUUCUUAAACACGUGAACUGAAUAACUUGUAAUGUUUUAUCAUUGUUUUACCGUUUAGUUGUACUUAUGAGGGGUUGAAAGUUCUAGGAAUUUAUUGAUUGGUUGUGGAUAGAAGCCCUGCAUGUUCAAUAUUUUGACGUCAAAUCUAUCAAUAAGUUUUGUUGAGGCAUUCCUAAUUAGUGCCAAAGGAAUGUCUUACGCCACUCAGGAGUUAAUUGCUGCAAACAAGGAACUGCAUUCAAGUUUGCACCCUAUCUGUAUCUUUGCUUCUCACUUAGACCAAUACCAGUUGUUGAUAUAUAACGAUCAGCCAAUCCUUGUGCUGUGCAGCGAUAUCAGAAUUUUCAGCAACAUUAACUGAAGUGUGAUAUUAUUUUAUUUAUUUUUACUUAUUUGUCUGCUCUUAGACGGCUGUUGCUUGUUAGUUGGGACGUAAUUUGAUAUUUCAAGGAUCAGAGCUGAUCAACUUCGUCCAUGGUUUGUGCCCAAUUAUCUUUCAAGAAGUGACAUCAUUGCUACCUCCUCCUUGACUCCUAGUUUUACUACCAAUUAUCUUUCAAGAAGUGACACCAUUGCUGCCUCCUCCUCAGCUCCUAGUUUUACUAACUAGUGAUUUCUCAAGAUGUUUAUGUGACUUGCAUUGCUUCCUUUCAGUCUUUUUUACUCGUUUGCACAUAAUGAUGGAAAAGAAAUGGUAUGCCAGCCUUCAAAAAUUUGACAAAUUUCUCUACACUUCAUGCAAUUUAAAUUUUGAC